AGGUGGCUCUUCCACUCUGCCAUGGGAGCAGCCACCCUGGGCAACGGGCUGGGGUGCUGCUCGCUUCCCUCUUUACCUCUUCUUUCCUCUCUGCAGCUCCUGCUCAGGCCCAAAUCAUCCAUGCCGGGCAGGCAUGCGUGGUGAAGGAAGACAACAUUAGUGAACGCGUUUACACAAUUCGGGAGGGGGACACGCUGGUCCUGCAGUGUCUGGUCACAGGACACCCCCGGCCACAGGUGAGAUGGACCAAAACCGCUGGCAGCGCAUCGGACAAAUUCCAAGAGACGUCAGUGCUUAACGAGACCCUUCGGAUUGAGAAGAUCCAAAGGCUGCAGGGGGGCCGCUAUUACUGUAAAGCAGAAAAUGGGGUUGGGGUCCCUGCCAUCAAGUCCAUUCGAGUAGAUGUGCAGUAUCUAGAUGAACCUGUUCUCACCGUUCACCAGACCAUCAGCGAUGUCCGUGGCAGCUUCUACCAGGAGAAGACUGUCUUCCUCCGCUGCACUGUUAAUUCCAACCCACCGGCUCGUUUCAUCUGGAAACGGGGAGCUGAGACACUUUCCCAUAGUCAGGACAAUGGUGUGGACAUCUAUGAACCCCUCUACACACAGGGUGAAACCAAAGUCCUGAAGCUGAAGAACCUGCGGCCCCAGGAUUAUGCCAGCUACACGUGCCAGGUGUCCGUCCGCAACGUCUGCAGCAUCCCUGACAAAUCCAUCACCUUCCAGCUCACAAACACCACAGCUCCACCUGCUCUGAAGUUGUCUGUCAAUGAGACGCUGGUGGUCAACCCUGGUGACAACAUCACCAUGCAGUGCUCUCUGACGGGUGGUGACCCACAGCCAGAGGUGGUUUGGUCUCACUCUCCUGGCCCAAUGCCUCCCAAUAGCCUUCUGCAAGGAGGUAACCUCACCAUCUGGAGGAUCCGUGUGGAGGACUCAGGCUACUACAAUUGCACAGCCAUCAACAACGUGGGGAACCCAGCAAAGAAGACAGUGAAUCUGCUGGUGCGGUCCAUGAAGAACGCCACGUUUCAAAUCACCCCUGACGUGAUCAAAGAGAGUGAGACCAUCCAGUUAGGGCAGGACUUGAAGCUCUCAUGCCAUGUAGAUGCUGUCCCCCAGGAGAAGGUUGUCUAUUCUUGGUACAAGAAUGGGAAACCAGCCAGGUUCUCAGACCGGUUGCUCAUCACGCGGAAUGACCCCGAGCUCCCACCUGUGACCUGCAGCUUGGAGAUUAUUGACCUGAGAUUCAGUGACUACGGCACCUACAUGUGUGUGGCUACCUUCCAGGGAGCACCCAUUCCUGACCUCAGUGUGGAGGUGAACAUCUCCUCAGAGACAGUGCCACCAACCAUCAGCGUCCCUAAGGGUCAGUCCACCAUCACCGUCCGGGAGGGCUCCAGGGCUGAGCUGCAGUGUGAGGUUCGAGGAAAGCCCAAACCACCCAUCAUCUGGUCCCGGGUAGAUAAGGAAACCCCCAUGCCUUCAGGGACAAUGACGAUGGAGACAUACGAUGGGAAGCUGCGCCUGGAGAGUGUGAGCCGAGAAAUGAGUGGGACUUAUAAGUGUCAGACAGCCAGGUACAAUGGCUUUAACAUCAGACCCCGGGAAGCCCUGGUGCAGCUCAAUGUGCAGUUCCCCCCCGUGGUGGAGCCAGCCUUCCAGGACGUGCGCCAGGGCAUGGGGCACAGCGUCACCCUGCGCUGCACCAUGCUGAAGGGCAGCCCCAUGAAGGUGGCCACGUCCGUCUGGCGCUUCAACGGGUCCCUUCUGGCGCAGCCACUGGCGGAGCAGCAGGACUAUUCGGAGCUGAAGGUGGACAGCGUCAGCCGGGAGACCAGUGGUAGCUACGAGUGCAGCAUUUCCAACGACGUGGGGGUCUCCACCUGCCUCUUCCAGGUAUCUGCAAAGGCUUACAGCCCAGAGUUUUACUAUGACACUCCCAACCCCACCUUGAGCCAGAAGCAAUCCAAGAAUUACUCAUACGUCUUGCAGUGGACACAGAAGGAGCCUGAUGCUGUGGAUCCCAUACUGAAGUACCGCCUGGAUGUCCGGCAGCUGGCUCAGAGAAACACCAUCCAAACCUUCAUUCCUGUGCAGAAAAUGGAGAAAGGCCUUUUGCUGGAGCAUGUCCUGCCCAACCUGAAAGUGCCUCAGAGCUAUGAAGUUCGUCUGACACCCAUCACCAGCUUUGGGGCUGGAGAUAUGGCUACCCGCAUCAUCCGGUACAUGGAACCAAUCAACUAUCCCAACCCAACAGAUAACACUUGCCGCUUUGAGGAUGAGAAGAUCUGUGGCUUCGUGCAGGACAAGAUGGACAAUUUUGACUGGACCCGGCAGAACGCCCUGACGCAGAACCCUAAGCGCACCGUCAACACAGGGCCCCCCACGGACAUCAGUGGUACGCCGGAGGGUUAUUACAUGUUCAUCGAGGCGUCCCGGCCCCGGGUAACAGGAGACAAAGCCCGGCUCAUCAGCCCCCUCUACAACAUUACUGCCAAGUAUUACUGUGUCUCCUUCUACUACCACAUGUACGGGAAGCACAUUGGCUCCUUGAACCUGCUAGUUCGUGUGCGGAACAAGCGAGCCAUCGACACCCAGGUCUGGUCACUCAGUGGGAACAGGGGGAAUAUGUGGCAGCAAGCACAUGUGCCCAUCAACCCACCUGGGCCCUUCCAGAUCAUCUUCGAAGGUGUGCGGGGCACGAGCUAUGAGGGGGACAUUGCCAUCGAUGAUGUCACUCUGAAAAAGGGGGACUGCCCAAGGAAGCCAAUUGGACCGAAUAAGGCGGUUGCUCUUCCAGGAAGCGGUGUUCUAGCCCUGCACAGCCCUUGUCUUUGUGGCCCAUUGACUUUCUUCCUUUACGUGCUGCUCAGAUGAUGGCAAGAGAGCGCUCCUGUCUUCGGACCGUCCUUUCCUACUCAGCCACCUCUGCUCCUCUUCUUCCCCUCCUCACUGGCACACCAAAGUGUCCAUAUGUUACCAAAGACUUGACAGGCAUGACCACGCGAAGGGAUCUGGUUCAGAACUGGAGCACUCCUUGAGAAAGUCAUAAUGUCUAGGACAAAAUAUAAAAAUAAAGACAAAUGUUUUUUAAAAGCACGUGCACGAGAAUGAGAGAGAGAGAAGGAAGGAAAGAAACAGAAACACGCAGAAAAGAAGGAA